AUGGGGAAAGUACUGGGUCGUGCAUGCGCUCUCACAGCCGUAUGCUUUGCCCACUUCUCCGCUGGCUACGCGGUGACAGCAGGUCCGGCAGCUCUCGAGCCUCGUGCUACUCAAUCUUCGACAAAUACCGCUUGCGCCUUAGCCUCUAGCGCAUCGAGCUCCUACCUAGUGGCCCAAACCCAAGCGACGCAAGCCAAGAUACCAGCAGAUCUUGCCUAUGAAUGCCUCAAGUCGGUGCCGAACUUUCAGGAGCCUGCACUUCGCCUUCUCAACGCGCUGCGAACUUACCUCGAAUUCCAGAGUGACAAAGUGUACUUGCAGGAACCCCCGUCAGGGUAUCUUUUCCCUCCGGUGGAGCUUGAUGCAGAGCUUGAUACCAUACAGGCCAAAGUUGAAAGCCGGCAGUAUAAAAGCGAAUAUGACAUGCAAAUCGAUAUAACAUCAUUACUUAUCUCCGCCAAAGAUGGUCAUCUCUACUGGUUCGGCGAUCUAAUGGGUGCUUUUACGUUCGUCCGACAUGUCGAACUUGGCUUAGCCGCUGUGUCGGUCGACGGCGUUGAGCAGCCACAGGUCUAUAUGGCAGAUGAUCUGGUGUUGGUCGACUCUGCGGCACUACAAUUGCGUCCUGUGACGGGUUACACCCCGUCACCUGUUACGAGUAUUGACGGGGAAGACGUCGUUUCCUUUCUGCUGGUGCAGUCUUUGAUAGGCAUGUCCCAGGAUCCGGAUGCACUAUGGAAUCAGGAUUUCUUCCAGCUAGGCAAUCAGAACACCAAUAAUUUCCAGUAUCCUUACUAUUAUCCCGGACCUACAACGAAUCUCACAUUUGCUAAUGGGACGACACGACAAUUUUCCAACUUCGCAACCGUCAAUCUUCCACUUGAUAGCGUUAAGACGGGCGACGAAGCAUAUGCCGUCUUCUGCUCUGGGGCUCUGGAUGCUUCGGGGAGCUCUACAACGACUGCGAGCGCCGCAGCUUCAACAACGGCUGCCGCGACAACAACCCAAGAAGCGCCGAGCUCGCCUACUGUGCCCCUAUUCCCAUAUCCUGUGAUCAAACAUAGCCUCAACUCGGUUGCGGGGUAUUACCUCAACGGAACUGGGCUCACAGAUGUGGCCGUCCUACAGAUUCAGGGUUUCGAGGCACCACAAGGCAGUCCCGAUGAUCUUACAUAUGCCCAGGAAUUCCAGGCGGUGGUGCAAAAGUUCCUGAAUGCGGCUGUGAAGUCUGGGAAGAGCAAGCUAAUCAUAGAUUUGCAGGGGAAUGGGGGUGGCGACAUCGAUUUGGGUACCGACCUCUUCGCCCAGCUGUUCCCCUCUAUCCCACCGAACUCAAAGUCGAACCUGCGAGAUCAUCUAGGUUUUUGGAUACUCGGAAAUGUUGCUUCGUCCAAUGUUACAGCAGAUCGAAAGACUUCAGAUGAGGACGAAGAGGUAUUUACGGAGGUGGCAUAUUCGCCGAUGGCCUAUCAGGGAGUUGUCACUGACGACUUUCGAAAUUUCCCUAAUUUCCAAUCUUAUUAUGGGAACAACGAGUUGUAUGGCGGUAAUUUUUCGGCCUUUUUCCAGAACAAUUACACCGACAUCAGCUCUUCUGACUUCGAUGGGGAAGGUAUCAUAAUCACAGGCACAAAUAACCGCACGGAAUUCCGUCAACCCUUCGCUGCUCAGGAUAUUGUGGUGCUCUAUGAUGGGUACUGCGCCAGUACCUGCACGGUCGUUUCCGAGUAUCUCAAAAGUGCUGGUGUACAAUUCAUCGCUGUUGGCGGUCGACCACAAACCGGCCCCAUGCAAGCGGUCGGUGGCAUCAAGGGAUCGCAGGUCUUUGAUUAUGCUUCCAGGUUUUACGAGUGGGUGAGCCUCUUUCAGAGCCCAGAAAACGAUCUCAUGCAUCUUGCGAGUGGAACGAUCUGGGAGAACUUCACGUUCGAACCUCUAUUGCGAGCGUCUGCUGGUGGCGUCAAUGGACGCAAUCAUUUUCGGCUGGGUGACGAGACCAAUACACCCCUUCAGUAUGUGUACGAAGCGGCCGAUUGCCGACUUUGGUGGACUCAUGAAAUGCUGUAUGAUCCGACUUUCCUCUGGGCGCGGGUGGCAACGGUGGCUUUCCAGCAGCGGAUAGGAACACAGUUCAAUUCGCCGUACUGUGUUCAAGGCAGCACGGGACAUCCUACCAGUAUCUCUGGAGGCUGGAAGAACGGCACGUUGGGCCCCCAGAGCGUUCCGGAAAAUGCAACUGCGACGGUUGGUGGAUGGAACCUGACUGGGAAGUCGCUUGGUUCUGGAUCUGGCUCGAAGGGACCUGCAGGAGAUGGCAACAUCAAGUUGAAGACCGAUGAAGUGAAGCAAAGCUCGACUGAUGACUCCGCGUCGGCCACGUUGAAGCAAUUCUGCUCGAGCUACACUGAGGACAAGUGGCUGAUCAAACUCAUCUGUAAAGCCGUGGGAUCAUGA